GUAAAAGUCCGAAGAGGCAUUAGCAUCUCAAACGCCAAGCGAAAUUCGCAAGGCGCGCGUGAAAAUUAUAUGUUUAAGGAAAAUAACUAAAAUUAUAGUCUAAACGCUUACACAUGCGAGUGCAAACAUCAGCAAGAGUGGCACACUGCAGUUAUUAAUUGAAUUCCUAUAGUAACGCGUAGUAUAAUAACGGUUGUAUUUGCCUGCUUGCAAUAAAAUUGGGCGCCUUUUAUUGGCAAGUGUCUGUGCUUCUCCACUCAGACUGUGGCUUAUUCUGUACUACUUCGCGCGCGCUCAUCAAGUUUGGCACACUAUUAGAUAAAAAGUUAAAAAAAUAAACGAGCUCUGAAACAAAUAAGCAAUUAUGCCGAUUUGCAAACGCGACGGAUUCGAUCUCAAUCAAACAGAGGGAAAAAAUGAAACAUUCCACGACAACGACUUGGUUUUCUGCUGUUAUAUUACCAAACGCAUAUUCCGUGAUUACGAAAUUUAUUUCCGACAUGUUAUGGCCAUAAACUCGACGGUAUGGCAGUGCGAAGCCACUGGCAAGGAUGGCCUUACCUACGAGGAGGCGGUCAAGAGCGAACGCAUUGCACGCAAAAAGAUGGAACAGUUCAAACAGAGCUUGCGUGCUCCUGUGCUUCUGGUCAUCGAACAUGCUCGCCAAUCGGCUGUCAAAACUCUCAAUAUGAUGGUGUCCAAGUUUCUGCGUAAACGCUUUUUCCUCAAUGAAGAGGUGACCGUGGUCACCAAGAGGAACACUGUUUACAAAGUGGUGGGCAUUAUGCCAGGCGAGAAGGUGUCGGAGCCGGGGAAUGGUAUAUACGAGGACACCGAGCAACUAGAAUAUCGGUUGCGUGCGCCCAAUGGAGAUGAGAUAUGCGCACCCUUUGAUCAGUUGCGCCGUCAGCGCACCGAGUUCAAUCAAGAAAAUUUAGCCAUGUUCAUCAAAAACAACGUAAUCCGCGUGGAUGGAAUAUUGCGUCCCAAACCUGACACCUACAAACAAUAUGUCACUGAACCGAAUGCCAGCUUUUCCAAAAUAUUUAUUGGCAAAAUGCCGCGCUAUUCGCCGGCGAAAAUCAAACGACCCGAGGCUAAGGAUACCAAAAAACAAUCAACGUUGAACAAGUACAUUGUUAAGGGAGAGGAAUCGACAGUUAAGAGCAAAGUGAACGCAGAAGCCAGGGCGAAAUUGCUGGCCGACGAGAUGGAACGCGUCCGUCUCGAGAAGAUAGCCAAAUGUGCGGAGAUGGAGCAACAGAAGGCGCAGAAAAAGGCCGAGUUGAUGCUGCGUGUUGAGCAAGAAUUUCACGAUCUCACUGCCAAGACAGAUGACCUGGAGCGCAGCGAUCACUCCGUAUUGCCCACGUAUCAUCCCAUCGUUACAUUUUUGCCAGAUCCGCUUCUGGGCGAUGUCUUUAUGCUGCGUGAAUUUAUGCACACCUAUCGCGGACUGCUUUCUGGCGUAGAGGUUUUCCGGCAGAAUCUCAGUUUCUACGAGAUGUCUCGCGCCUUUAGCGCGCGCGAGGUGGCAGGUCCACUCUCAGAUAUACUGCUAGUGCUACUGGGCACCAUAUUUGAUUUGCAAAAGGAGGAGGAGGAGGAGUGCCCGGUGCGGUACUCUGUUGGGCGCAAACCGUUCUCGGGAGAACCCUACAAUAGCAUGUAUGAUGCCUCUCGCACACAUCAUUAUUGUAAGCGACACUUCUCCUUCAAUCUAAGCGAGCUGCCGCUGGACGCGCUCACACUGAGCGAGGUUCUGCGCCUGCACUUGUUGUCCUCCGGUGCAGCUGUUCAGGAUAAGCCCGAAAAGUGGCGAGUUAUGUACCGUAAUGGGUAUUCAUCGAUCGAGGAUCCUGGUCUGCAACUGCGCCUGCAACACACUCACAUUCUGCGCGCCCUCAAAACCCAAUCUGUUGCUCAGCUCGAUUUCGCGGAUAUAUUGCGUGUAAUAAACUGCCUAAUGGCGCAGAUCUUGACCUACUCGGGCACCAUUAACGUCAUUGAGGAACGCAUGGAGCGGACGACCAAGGCGAAAAGUGAAUUGCGCGCCCUGAGCAUAAUAGAGAACAAGCGUCUGGCUGCCCUGGAGAUGGCCAAACGCAAGCUAACCAAUGAGCACCAUCAGCAGUGCCUGUCGGAUGACAUUAAGCAGGAUGCAGAGAAGAAGCAGGCGCUGGGUGAACAGCUAAAUCGACGCAUAGCAGACUUGGUGGCCCAGUCAGAUCGAGAGCAGCGUAAGCAUGACCAACAGGUGCUCAAACUGCAUUCGGAGCUAUUUAAUUUUCUGGUCUAUUUGGGCAUGGAUCGAUGCUAUCGCAAGUACUAUGUAUUGGAGUCCAUGCCGGGCAUUUUUAUAGAGCACAUGCCUGACACCAUGAUGGAUACUUGCUUAGCCCAACCGCCGGUCAACAAGUCGCCCGCCGAGCUGCGCAAGCAGGCGCAGCUGCCAAAGGUCCGCAAAGACUUGCGCAUCUAUCUGGUAAAGCUAUACAGCGAUGAUGAUAAGAAGAAACGCAAACCAAGUAGCAAGCAAUCACUGGAAAACAAAGAGAACCAGGAGAAUCGGCUUAAUGGGCAUGGACAAGGACCAUCGACGGAGAACAUGGAAGUGGGGGGUGGAGAAGAUGAGGUACAGUCACAGCCCACGCAAUUCGAACUGCUCAUGUGUAGUGGCGAUAGCACCAACUGCAUUGUCCAUAGCGAGCAGCAUGCACAGCGAAAGGUCUGGUCGUAUAUAUAUCAGCCGCAAGAGAUUGAUGCAUUGAUCAGGUCCCUGAAUCCUCUUGGUUUGCGGGAGUCGGAACUGCUCGAUGAACUCACCCAGAUGCGCGCGCUAAUCGAACAGCACGUGAAGAACUGUCCGCAGGACAUGCUAAGCUUAGACAGUGACAAGAAACGUAGCAAGUUUAUCAGUGCAAUGCAGGCGGAGACACAGCGAAAGUAUAGCCUGGCGAAUUUCGGACUGCCCGAGGGCACAGAGCUUAACGAGGUCUUGCGCCUGCAUCUUGUGGAUUGUAUACUCCAAUUUGAGUCGGACAUUUACACCGGUGACUUGGGUAAACUGAAAGUCAAGGACAUGGAGAAGUGGCGCCAGCAAUUGCUGCAGGACAACUUCGAUGCCCAGACUAAGCUACAGUGGGGACCUGGUCAAAUUUAUAGUGAUACGGUUGAGGUCGACUCGGACAAUGAAUCGCACGAAGAUUACGAUGAUCACGACGAUGAGAAUAAGGAUGCAUACAGUCAAUAUACAAAGAAGAGAUAUGGCAAGUUCGUUGAUCCGGGGCAAUACAUCGAAAACGAAGACUCAUCCUCUACAGAACCCGAGAUGCAGCAAACUCAGGUUCGCAAUCUGGCCAGUGCCCUGCUACAAGUGGAACAAGCGAUUGGGCGUCGUUUUCUGAAGGAGCCAUUCGGCAUCACCAAGAAACGCCAGGACUCUAAGCUGGAACAGCAAAAGUUCAUUUGCGAGCUCAAGUUGCAUCAAUGGGAAAUAUCGCUGAUGGAGAGCACCAGCUAUGCACAGGUCUUUUUACAUCUAAGCAUUCUUCAUGAUUCCAUACUGUGGAACCAUUCCACAAACAAGUCGCUCUGCAAGGUGUGCCGGCGCCGAACCGAUCCAGAUAAAAUGUUGCUCUGUGACCAGUGCAACGGCGGCACUCACAUGUUCUGCAUGAAGCCAAAGAUGCGCACGGUGCCGGAAGGCAACUGGUAUUGCCACACUUGUGUUAAGAAUCUGGGCUUGACGAAUGCCAGUGAUGACAAACAGCAGGAACAAAAUAAACGCGCUGCUAAAAAGAAGCGCAAAUUCAUUGUGGAUGAAGUGGACGACGAUGUCGAUGAAGGCGUUGCUGAUAAUGAUGAAAACGAUGUCAACGAGGACGAUGAUGACGGCGAUAACUUUGAAGAAGCUGAGCUCAGCGACGAUCCUGACGACAAAAGCGUUUCCUCUUCAACAUCCGUUAAGGCUAAAGGCAAGGCGCCUGUGCGCUCCAGUGGACGUCGCAGUAGCAAGCGAUUAAAAUCGAAAGAAAUAGAAGACGCAAUCGAGGAAGAUGACGAUGAGGCUGAUAACGAAUCGUCAGUGGAAGCGGAUGAAAAUGAAACAGAGGAUGAAAACGAAGAAGAAGAAACCGAGGAGGAGAAGGUUUGCCAGAUCUGCUUCUACGACGGCUGCGAAGUUUGCUGUUCCCGCUGUUCUGAGUGGUAUCAUCUGGAGUGCGUCAAACUAAAGCGUCAGCCUCGGACGGACUUCGUAUGCAAAAAGUGCAAAGGAAAUGAAAAUUCACGUACGCGACGCCGUCUCAGUCAUGCUGAUGGCGAUGCCGACGAUGAUGAAGACCACGAGGAGCCGCAAGCAAAACGUUCCCGAUCCUCACGCAACUCGCUAAGAAUAUCGCUAGACAAGUCUGCAUCUAACAAUAAUAAUAACAACAACAAUACCAGUACCAACAAUAACAAUCGUCGGUCAGGCCGACGGGCCAAUGACAAUCUGCCACUAAAUAGCGCCGCCUUAUACGAUCUGUUGGAGCAGACGAUGAAGCAUCAGGCGGCGUGGCCUUUCCUUCGACCAGUACUGCCCUCCGAAGUACCAGACUACCAUAAGAUAAUUAAGGCUCCCAUGGAUCUGGCAAAAAUCAAGUCCAAACUAAAUAUGGGCGAAUAUCAAUUAAACGAGGAAUUGCUCAACGAUAUUCAGUUGGUGUUCAAAAACUGCGACCGCUAUAAUGUUGAGGGCAAUGAGAUUUACAAUGCUGGCUGCAAAUUGGAGCGUUUUGUUAUAACUCGUUGCAAGGAUCUCUUACUGCCGUUCAGGCCCAGUGACAUGAAUGCUGACGGCAUAUGUUAAGCUGAUUGCUAGGACCCUAAAGGGUCUAACGUGUAAAUGAAUUCAUUAGAUAUAGACUACAGUAGUAACGAUCAAGCCAGCGUACAUUAGACAGUAUUGUUUAGCUUACCAUUAAUCAGUUUAAGAGUUAAAAGAUAAUCAGCAGCCGCAUUAUAAAGCACGCAGUUUACAGUCUGUAAGUGUAUUUAAUGUUUCUUACUUACGUGAUUUGCUUCUGUCUGCAUUUCAGCAUAAUCGUUCGAAUUACAAA